UUUUUUUUUUUUUUCUUUUUUUUUUGCUAUUUCUUGGGCUGCUCCCUCGGCAUGUGGAGGUUCCCAGGCUAGGGGUCUAAUUGGAGCUGUAGCCACCAGCCUACGCCAGAGCCACAGCAACGCGGGAUCCGAGCCGCGUCUGCAAUCUACACCACAGCUCACGGCAACGCUGGAUCGUUAACCCACUGAGCAAGGGCAGGAACCGAACCCGCAACCUCAUGGUUCCUAGAUGGAUUCGCUAACCACUGCGCCACGACGGGAACUCCCCUUCCUGUUCUUGAAGUGUUCACCUCGCUCCGUUGUGGGCAGGGCUACCUGCCCUCCAGCCAAGGGUCACGAACUGUUCCUGUGAUUUCCUUUCUGUCACAGGAUACAGUUCUUCUCCCAGAGCCUUUCCCAGUUGAUUUAGGCUCAUUCUAGGCUCUGUCUCAAGUUCUCUCUCUGGAUGGGAGGCCGGCCGACGGGGAGAGCCGUCUUGAGCUUCAUGUCCCGGGUUGGCAGCAAAGCCAGGCACUGCUUCAAUCCACGGGGGCUGCAGGGGGACCUGGCCGCUGAUGGAGUCCGCUUCCUCCCCUGCGCUGCUCCUGCCAGUCACAGAGCUGGGGAAGUGUGGGUGUUUGCAGGGGCUGCUGUACUUUCCAUGUCUGGACCUUCUUAAUUUUAACUCUUGGACCUUUGAUCAACCUCCCCCAGUUUUUUGGUUUCCUUUUGCCAGGAUCAUACUCUUGGGGGGGGAGUAAAAAGGAGCCAUGCUGAAACAACGAGAUAAACAAACAGUGACGCAGAGGCGGCAGCAGCGUAAGCAAUGGGCCGGGCCUGCUGUCUGGGCGGGCUGGGUGGAGGAGGACUCCCGCCCUGCACACCGGCCAGCUGGCUUGUGUUAAAGCGCUGGCUGAAAAUAACUCUUAUUGUCUGGGAGCUGCUACUGCGGCAGGGCUGGCAGGACUGGCUGUGGCCGCCAAGGGGCCCGAGGCAGCGGGAGCUGGUACCUCCCACCUCCUUGGGCCCUUGCCCUUCGGGAACAGCGCCCAGCUGGCCACAGCUGCGUCUACUGCCCAGCACUAUAGACACGUGGAGGAGCUCCAUGAACCUGCCUCCUGACAAGGCCCGGCUCCUGCGGCAGUAUGACAACGAGAAGAAGUGGGAUCUGAUCUGUGACCAGGAACGAUUCCAGGUGAAGAAUCCUCCCCACACUUAUAUCCAGAAACUCCAGAGCUUCUUGGACCCCAGCGUAACUCGGAAGAAGUUCAGGAGGAGAGUGCAGGAGUCAACCAAAGUCCUGAGAGAGCUGGAGAUCUCGCUUCGUACCAACCACAUUGGGUGGGUGCGGGAGUUUCUGAACGAUGAAAACAAAGGCCUGGAUGUGCUGGUGGAUUACCUGUCAUUUGCCCAGUGUUCUGUCAUGUUUGACUUUGAGGGUCUGGAGAGUGGUGAUGAUGGUGCAUUUGACAAGCUCCGGUCCUGGAGCAGGUCCAUCGAGGACCUGCAGCCACCCAGCGCCCUGUCAGCCCCCUUCACCAACAGCCUCGCUCGCUCUGCGCGCCAGUCUGUGCUCCGGUAUAGCACCCUCCCCGGGCGCAGGGCCCUGAAGAACUCCCGCCUGGUGAGCCAGAAGGAUGACGUCCACGUCUGUAUCCUUUGUCUCAGAGCCAUCAUGAACUAUCAGUAUGGAUUCAACCUGGUCAUGUCCCAUCCCCAUGCUGUCAAUGAGAUUGCGCUCAGUCUCAACAACAAGAAUCCAAGGACCAAAGCCCUUGUCCUCGAGCUUCUGGCAGCCGUGUGUUUGGUGCGGGGAGGUCAUGAAAUCAUUCUUGCUGCCUUUGACAAUUUUAAAGAGGUAUGCAAGGAGCUGCACCGCUUUGAGAAGCUGAUGGAGUAUUUCCGGAAUGAGGACAGCAACAUUGACUUCAUGGUGGCCUGCAUGCAGUUUAUCAACAUCGUGGUGCACUCGGUGGAGGAUAUGAACUUCCGGGUCCACCUGCAGUAUGAGUUCACAAAGCUGGGGCUGGAGGAGUUCCUGCAGAAGUCAAGGCACACAGAGAGCGAGAAGCUGCAGGUGCAGAUCCAGGCCUACCUGGACAACGUGUUUGAUGUGGGGGGUUUGUUGGAAGAUGCCGAGACCAAGAAUGUGGCCCUGGAGAAAGUGGAGGAGCUGGAGGAGCAUGUGUCCCAUCUCACAGAGAAGCUCCUGGACCUAGAGAACGAGAACAUGAUGCGUGUGGCAGAGCUAGAGAAGCAGCUGUUGCAGCGGGAGAAGGAACUCGAGAGCAUCAAGGAGACUUACGAGAACACAAGCCACCAAGUACACACCCUGCGGCGGCUCAUUAAAGAGAAGGAGGAGGCCUUCCAGCGCCGAUGCCACUUGGAACCCGGUGCCAGGGGCCUGGAGUCAGUGGGCAGUGAGGCCUUGGCCCGGGUAGGCCCUGCGGAGCUGAAUGAGGGCGUGCCCCCCUCCGACCUAGACCUCCUGGCUCCAGCCCCGCCCCCUGAGGAGGCCCUACCUCUGCCUCCACCACCAGCUCCCCCCUUGCCCCCUCCACCACCCCCGUUACCAGACAAGUGUCCUCCAGCUCCUCCUCUCCCUGGCGCUGCUCCCUCUGUGGUGUUGACAGUAGGCCUGUCAGCCAUUCGAAUUAAGAAACCUAUCAAGACCAAGUUCCGGCUGCCUGUCUUCAACUGGACAGCACUGAAGCCCAACCAGAUCAGUGGCACUGUCUUUAGUGAACUCGAUGAUGAGAAGAUUUUGGAGGACUUGGACCUGGACAAGUUUGAAGAACUUUUCAAGACAAAAGCCCAGGGCCCAGCCCUUGACCUCAUCUGCUCCAAGAACAAGACAGCACAAAAGGCUGCCAGCAAGGUGACCCUUUUGGAAGCCAAUCGUGCCAAGAACCUGGCCAUCACCCUACGCAAGGCUGGCCAUUCAGCCGAGGAGAUCUGCAGGGCCAUCCACACGUUUGACCUCCAGACGCUACCGGUGGACUUCGUGGAGUGCCUGAUGCGCUUCCUGCCUACAGAGGCGGAGGUGAAGCUACUGCGGCAAUACGAGCGGGAGCGGCAGCCCCUGGAGGAGCUGGCGGCCGAGGACCGCUUCAUGCUGCUCUUCAGCAAGGUGGAGCGGCUGACCCAGCGGAUGGCUGGCAUGGCCUUCCUGGGCAACUUCCAGGACAACCUGCAGAUGCUCACACCGCAACUCAAUGCCAUCAUCGCAGCCUCCGCCUCCGUCAAGUCCUCGCAAAAGCUGAAGCAGAUGUUGGAGAUCAUACUUGCGCUGGGGAACUACAUGAACAGCAGCAAGCGGGGAGCUGUGUAUGGCUUCAAGCUCCAGAGCCUAGAUCUUCUACUGGACACCAAGUCCACUGACAGGAAGAUGACACUGCUGCAUUUCAUCGCCCUGACGGUAAAGGAGAAAUACCCAGACCUGGCUAACUUCUGGCACGAGCUGCACUUUGUGGAGAAGGCUGCAGCAGUGUCCCUGGAGAAUGUGCUGCUAGACGUGAAGGAGCUGGGCCGGGGCAUGGAGCUGAUCCGGCGGGAGUGCAGCAUACACGACAACAGCGUCCUGCGCAACUUCCUUAGCGCCAAUGAAGGCAAACUGGACAAGCUCCAGCGCGACGCCAAGACAGCCGAGGAGGCCUACAAUGCAGUCGUGCGCUACUUCGGUGAGAGUCCCAAGACCACGCCGCCUUCUGUGUUCUUCCCAGUAUUUGUCCGAUUCAUUCGUUCUUACAAGGAAGCAGAACAAGAGAAUGAAGCCCGCAAGAAGCAGGAGGAGGUAAUGCGGGAGAAGCAGCUGGCUCAGGAAGCCAAGAAACUGGAUGCCAAGACCCCAUCCCAGCGGAACAAGUGGCAACAGCAGGAGCUAAUUGCGGAACUGCGGCGGCGCCAGGCCAAGGAGCACCGGCCCGUUUACGAGGGGAAGGAUGGUACCAUUGAGGACAUCAUCACAGUGCUGAAGAGUGUCCCUUUCACGGCCCGUACUGCCAAGCGGGGCUCACGCUUCUUCUGCGAUGCAGCCCACCAUGAUGAGUCAAACUGUUAACCCCCGAGGCUGGGGCUCUUGACAGGCCUCCACCACCAGCCCCUUGUCGUCUGCCACCAAGCCAGGAGUGCUGCACCACCCACUGGCCCGCCUCGGGCUCCAGGCCCUCACUGAGACCCUCUUGGAGGCAGAAGCACUUCAGCUCUGAGUCCUGCAGGUCCAACCAGUGGACCUGAAGCCCUGGAAUGGCCAAGGGCCCAGCAGAAAGCUCUGCUGCUCUCCUCCCAGUGUCUACCAGCUCUCAAAGCUGCAUCUUGCCGCCACUGUGGGCACUAGGUCUUUUGGGGCCUAGCGCCUCUCUGGUGCCUCCAGUACUGCACUUUGCUCCCAAGGUCUUCAUUUCCUCAAGCAUCAGCUCAGUGCUGGAAAACACUUCCAGCUUUAGGCUAUGCAGGGGCACCUAGGCCCUCCAUCACUUGAGCCAGAGGAACAAGAGGGAAAGCAAUUACUCCUUUUACCUUUUCCUUGUUGCAGCCCAGUGGUCAGCUGUGAGCUAGAAGUGUCCAAGCUUAGGGAGCCCUGGGACCCUGCUAAUCUCAGACCAUCUUCUUCCAGGAGCAGGGUUCUCCUAAGCCUAGGCCUAUACGGCUAUGCCCUAGUGAUAAGGGGAGAGGAGAGGCCACGCUCCCUGCCCUUGGCCCUUUGCAUCCUAGGCUGACCCUGUCCUUGCCGAGGUGGGCAUGAGGUAGUUUUCUCUGCCCCAACCUCAAGACAGAGAAGGGGUGUGCCAACAGCACCCUCGCCUCCUUGCCUUGGCUAGUUUUUUGGGGCAGGGGGCAGGGUCAUGGUGGUCUUAGCUGACUAUUUUCUCAGUCUCCUGCCAGCUUCUUCUCAGCCCCUAGAAGGAAAUACAGGGGCCUACUCCUUUUUGUACAUGUACCAUUUCCCUUCUCUCUUGUACAUAAACCCCAGACCUUCUUUCUCUCAACAAAGGCUUGAAACACCA